GGCUCAAAGUGACGUCACAUCCAGCGCGAAAACUAAAUACGGUUCGACAAAUCCGUACAAUUCCAAGGAUCGUCAUGGAUUUGAAUAACAAUACUGUCAUAAAAGUGAACAUGAGCCUUCCUGUUCACAUAUCAGAGAGUGAUGCAGCACAGAAUCCAGGAUGCAUGAAUCUUCUCAAAGCAAUCCCACAACAUGUGACCGAAAACGGAACAUCUAAGCACAUUGAAGAGGCUCACAAAAGGGCAAAAGAUGGAAUGGAAAGGGUGAGGAUAGGGUACCUUAAACAGCACAUCCUACAUCAUGAACUGCAUGAACUCAUAAUGGAACACCGCAUAGCAUCUCAAGAAAUGGCUCCAGACUCCAAGACUGCACAGUUCUUUGAAGCCCUGGAUCAGUGUUUAGCUACUGCUGAAGCAUGUGACUAUCUAUCAGAAAGGAAUAUCGGUGGUGAACAUGGUGACGGUGCUACCCUGCUUGGAUUAGAGAAAGGCAAACUCCUUGAGGGAAAUCAUCAGAAAAAGGUAGCAUCCAUGAUCCAACCCCAAUUAAUCCCCUUGAUAGAAGAAAGACUGAGGAAGAAAUGUGAAGAGCUUCAAACUUUCCAUGAAACUGAUUCCAGCUCGACUGCAGAUGAGAUGACCUUUGCCAAGGCCACUCAGCUACCAGACGUCUUGAGACGGGAGAAAAUGAAAUUGGAGGAAGAGAAGAAGCAGCUGAAAUUAGCCAAACUUCUCAGGAACAAACAAUUCUGGCAGUACAACCAGAGCUUGAGAGAGGCACUGCAAACCUUGGAGAAACUGAUAACCAAUCACAUGUUACGGUUGCAAGCUGACAGUGACAGCAUCACAACAGACUGGCUCAGUGCUCGAUGUCAUGCUAUGAGUCUCAAAAUCAGAGUCUUUGAGGCUAAGCUGUUGUGCAGUACGUACACACUUGAAGUGCUUCAAGCUAUGAAAGCUACAAGGCAACAUCUGGAAGGUGCUGUCCAGGAGCGCAAGACCGAUCUGAUGCGGCACAGCCAAGCACUCAAAAACUAUGAAGCCAUUGGGAUGGGGUUUGAAGAGAUAGUGAAUGAAUACCAGGAGUUAACAGCUGCCAUCGACAACAAGAAAUGGGCUCUUCGUGAGCUGAAGCAGAGCUUGCAAGAGGAGGAAACAGACGACUUCAAUUCUGUUAGAUGAAGUUCUUUAAUUUAACUUGAACAUUGAAGGGAGGGAUGUGACAAUCGUUUUUUUAAUUGACAUGGUUGCAAGAUGAUGCAGCAUUUUACUUUUAAAAGAUGACAUCCCAUUCUCCUCAACUUAGCUCAUAGCAAUGGUGUGUCCAAGAAAUAUGCUCGUUGUGCCAUACAUGAACCAGCAUGAAUUUAGCCUCACGUACCUAUGAAAUGUAAUUCUUUUCUGGUGAAUACACAUUGCAGUCUUGCAAAGGAGAUUUUUAAAUCUUUGGUCUAACUGCAGUUGGCCCUUCAAAGAUUUUUUAAACA